UGUGUUGUGAAGCCUAAGAAAUACAUUAUUUUUGGUGAAAGUUCUUGCGAGAGGUUGCAUUGAGAGUUCGAUCUUUUAUCGUACAAACAUUUGAAGCAAAGCAUAUUGAUGAAUCUUCCGAACAGUGAAAUCGAUCAAUAAAAAGAACUCUUCUUUUGAACUCCUUGUAAAAAAUCAUCCUUUUCACAAUAUGUCGGUUUUAUCGGGUUCCGCUCUUCAACUCCGAAUCAAAUCGGGAACCUUCCCUUCUAUUCAAGGGUCCUCUUUGAAUUAUCAGUGCAAUGUUGCUCCUAGCCGUCAGAAGAAAGUUUCAUGUUGCUCUGCUAACAAACGCCAAAACGCUAUUGAGAACAAGUUCUUCGGGACAAGAUUGUCUUCAUCGGCUCCCGAACGUUUCCAUCUAUGGAGAUCGGAUGGUCCUGGUCAUACGCCAAAGCUCAGGGUAAUGGUGCGCUCGGCAUUGUCGCAGGUGCCUGAGAAACCAUUGGGUUUGUAUGAUCCGUCUUUUGAUAAGGACUCAUGCGGAGUUGGAUUUGUGGCCGAGUUGUCGGGACAAAGCAGCAGGAAAACUGUAACGGAUGCAAUGGAGAUGUUGGUCCGGAUGUCACAUAGAGGUGCAUGUGGCUGCGAAACGAACACUGGUGAUGGAGCGGGCAUUCUUGUGGCUCUUCCGCAUGGCUUCUUUACCGAGGUUACUGAGGAUAUUGGGUUUAAGCUACCCCCACCAGGACAGUAUGCAGUUGGUAUGUUCUUCUUGCCAACAUCUGAAAGUCGCAGGGAAGAAAGUAAAUUAGUAUUUGCAAAGGUAGCUGAGUCACUGGGACAUGUUGUUCUUGGGUGGCGCUCUGUUCCAACCGAUAACACAGGACUGGGCAAAUCUGCUCUGCAAACAGAACCUGUUAUUGAACAAGCAUUUCUUACCCCAAAUCCUAGAUCAGAAGCUGAUUUUGAGCAACAGAUGUACAUAUUGAGGAGGGUUUCAAUGGUUGCUAUCCGUGCUGCUUUAAACCUCCAACAUGGUAGAGUCAGGGACUUCUAUAUAUGUUCUCUCUCUUCAAGGACUAUUGUUUACAAAGGUCAAUUAAAGCCUGAUCAGUUGAAGAACUAUUACUAUGAAGAUCUUGGCAACGAAAGGUUUACGAGCUACAUGGCCCUGAUUCACUCCAGGUUCUCAACAAACACUUUUCCUAGCUGGGACCGUGCUCAACCCUUGCGUGUCCUGGGCCACAAUGGGGAGAUCAACACUCUUCGAGGCAAUGUAAACUGGAUGAAGGCACGUGAAGGUCUUCUUAAGUGCAAGGAGCUUGCAUUGUCGAAGAAUGAGAUGAAGAAGCUUUUACCUAUUGUGGAUGCUAGCUCGUCUGAUUCAGGGGCUUUUGAUGGUGUCCUGGAGCUUCUGGUUCGAGCUGGCAGAAGCCUUCCUGAAGCGGUCAUGAUGAUGAUCCCUGAAGCAUGGCAAAAUGACAAGACUAUGGAUCCUGAGAGGAAGGCCUUGUAUGAGUAUUUCUCAGCUCUUAUGGAGCCAUGGGAUGGGCCUGCUCUUAUUUCAUUUACUGAUGGCCGUUAUCUUGGAGCCACAUUGGAUCGAAAUGGACUGCGACCUGGUCGCUUUUACAUUACUCAUAGUGGGCGUGUUAUCAUGGCAAGUGAAGUGGGUGUUGUGGACAUUCCACCUGAAGAUGUGUGUCGGAAAGGAAGACUGAACCCUGGAAUGAUGCUUUUAGUAGAUUUUGAGAAGCAUAUUGUCGUAGAUGAUGAGGCCCUGAAAAAGCAGUAUUCUCUUGCAAAGCCAUAUGGCGAGUGGCUCAGUAGACAGAAGAUAGAACUGAAAGAUAUAGUUGAUUCUGUUCCUGAGUCUAACAGGGUUCCACCAGCACUGUCCGGAGCAGUGCCAGCUUCUGGCCAUGAUGAGAGCAUGGAGAGCAUGGGUAUUCAUGGUCUGUUGGCUCCACUGAAGGCUUUUGGUUACACAGUUGAAGCCUUGGAAAUGCUGUUACUUCCCAUGGCCAAAGAUGGAACUGAGGCCCUUGGCUCAAUGGGAAAUGAUGCUCCUCUGGCUGUUCUGUCAAACAGGGAGAAGCUCACAUUUGAGUAUUUCAAGCAGAUGUUUGCUCAGGUAACGAACCCACCAAUCGAUCCAAUCCGGGAGAAGAUAGUCACCUCUAUGGAGUGCAUGAUUGGCCCAGAAGGUGAUCUGACAGAGACUACUGAAGAACAGUGCCAUCGCCUCUCACUGAAAGGGCCUCUCCUAUCCAUUGGAGAAAUGGAGGCAAUAAAAAAGAUGAACUACAGAGAUUGGCGGAGCAAGGUGCUUGACAUUACUUAUUCUAAAAGUUGUGGUAGGAGAGGUUUGGAGGAGACAUUGGAUAGGAUCUGCCUUGAUGCACGUAAUGCGAUCAAGGAAGGUUAUACCACGCUGGUGCUUUCGGAUCGAGCUUUUUCACCAAAUCGUGUUGCUGUAAGCUCCCUAUUAGCUGUUGGUGCUGUCCAUCACCAUUUAGUCUCAAAACUUGAGCGAACUCGAAUCGGUUUAAUAGUUGAAUCUGCUGAGCCACGUGAAGUGCACCACUUCUGUACCCUGGUUGGAUUUGGUGCUGAUGCUAUAUGCCCAUACUUGGCCAUAGAAACCAUUUGGAGACUGCAGAUUGAUGGGAAGAUCCCGCCUAAAGCAAAUGGUGAGUUCCACUCUAAGGAGGACCUGGUGAAGAAAUACUUUAAAGCAAGCAACUAUGGAAUGAUGAAGGUUCUUGCGAAAAUGGGAAUAUCGACUUUGGCCUCUUAUAAGGGUGCUCAGAUUUUUGAGGCUCUAGGUCUUUCAUCCGAGGUGAUCCAGAAAUGUUUUAAUGGAACUCCAAGCAGGGUUGAGGGUGCAACAUUUGAAAUGCUUGCUCAGGAUGCACUUCAACUACAUGAAUUGGCUUUUCCAACUAGGGUUCUGCCUCCUGGAAGUGCAGAAGCUGUUGCACUGCCAAAUCCUGGAGAUUAUCAUUGGAGAAAAGAUGGAGAGGUGCACCUUAAUGACCCUCUUGCUAUAGCAAAGCUGCAAGAGGCUGCCAGAGCAAACAGUGUAGCUGCAUAUAAAGAGUACUCCAAGCACAUCCAAGAACUAAAUAAAUCCUGCAACUUGCGGGGGAUGUUGAAGUUUAAGGAAUCAGAGUUUAACGUUCCCUUGGAUGAAGUUGAACCAGCUAGCGAGAUCGUGAAGCGCUUUUGUACAGGGGCCAUGAGUUAUGGCUCAAUAUCGCUAGAAGCUCAUACUACCCUUGCUAUCGCCAUGAACAGAAUAGGGGGGAAAUCAAAUACUGGUGAGGGAGGUGAGAAUCCAUCUCGAAUGCAGCCUCUUCCAGAUGGUUCAAUGAAUUCUAAGAGGAGUGCAAUUAAGCAAGUUGCCAGCGGGAGAUUUGGGGUUUCUAGCUUUUACCUUACAAAUGCUGAUGAGCUACAGAUAAAAAUGGCUCAGGGUGCGAAGCCAGGUGAAGGAGGUGAACUUCCAGGCCACAAAGUUAUAGGAGAUAUUGCAGUCACUAGAAACUCUACUGCUGGUGUGGGGCUUAUCAGUCCUCCCCCCCAUCAUGAUAUCUACUCUAUUGAAGAUCUCGCUCAAUUAAUUCAUGAUCUAAAGAACUCUAAUCCUGGUGCUCGAAUCAGUGUGAAACUGGUGUCUGAAGCUGGUGUGGGAGUUAUUGCUAGUGGGGUAGUGAAAGGCCAUGCAGACCAUGUUUUGAUCUCCGGUCAUGAUGGAGGAACAGGAGCUUCACGUUGGACCGGUAUCAAGAAUGCUGGGCUACCAUGGGAGCUUGGUUUGGCUGAGACUCAUCAAACAUUAGUUGCAAAUGACCUUCGUGGUCGAACUACUCUCCAGACAGAUGGCCAACUUAAAACUGGAAGGGAUGUGGCUAUUGCAGCACUUCUUGGUGCGGAAGAGUUUGGCUUUAGCACUGCUCCUUUGAUUACCCUUGGCUGCAUUAUGAUGCGUAAAUGCCACAAGAAUACAUGCCCUGUUGGUAUUGCCACCCAAGAUCCUGUUCUUCGGGAGAAAUUUGCCGGAGAGCCUGAGCAUGUCAUAAAUUUCUUCUUUAUGCUAGCCGAGGAGGUGCGUGAAAUCAUGUCUCAGCUUGGAUUCCGAAGCAUCAAUGAGAUGGUUGGUCGUUCAGAUAUGCUGGAAAUCGAUAAGGAAGUUAUUAAGAACAAUGAGAAACUGGAGAACAUUGAUCUUUCACUACUGCUCAGACCUGCUGCCGAUAUCCGUCCGGAAGUAGCCCAAUUCUGUAUCCAAAAGCAGGAUCAUGGAUUGGACUUGGCUUUAGACCAAAAACUUAUCUCUCUAUCCAAAGCUGCUCUUGAGGAAGGUCUUCCCGUAUACAUCGAAAUGUCAAUCCAGAAUGUGAAUCGUGCUGUUGGAACCAUGCUCAGCCACGAAGUCACUAAACGUUACCACAUGUCAGGUCUUCCGGCAGAUAGAAUCCACAUCAAGCUCAGUGGGAGUGCUGGACAGAGUCUUGGAGCCUUCCUCUGCCCGGGCAUCAUGCUUGAACUUGAAGGUGACAGCAAUGACUAUGUUGGGAAAGGAUUAUCGGGGGGUAAAAUUGUAGUUUACCCUCCGAUAGAAAGUACAUUUGAUCCUAAAGAAAACAUUGUGAUUGGAAAUGUGGCUCUCUAUGGUGCAACAAGUGGGGAGGCAUAUUUCAAUGGGAUGGCAGCUGAGAGGUUUUGUGUGCGCAAUUCAGGAGCUAGGGCAGUUGUAGAAGGUGUUGGUGAUCAUGGAUGUGAGUACAUGACAGGUGGUGUUGUUGUUGUGCUUGGAAAAACUGGGAGGAAUUUUGCUGCCGGUAUGAGUGGUGGGAUUGCUUAUGUUCUUGAUGUUGAUGAGAAGUUCCAAACCCGGUGCAAUCUUGAGCUGGUAGAUCUUGAUAAAGUUGAGGAUGAAGAGGAUAUUAUGACACUAAGAAUGUUGAUACAGCAACAUCAGCGACACACUGACAGCAAAUUAGCUAGGGAAGUCCUUGCUGACUUUGAGAAUCUUCUUCCAAAGUUUGUCAAAGUAUUCCCAAGGGAUUAUAAAUGGGUUCUUGCAAACAUGAAGGCUGAGAAAGCCAAUAAAGAAGCAGAGGAACGAGCUGCCAGAGAAUCUGAAGAACAAGAUGAGGUAGAGUUGAUGGAGAAGGAUGCUUUUGAAGAGCUCAAGAAGUUGGCAGCUGCAUCCUUAAAUGGGAAUGCAAGUCAGGUGGCACAGGAAGAACUAGUAAAGAGGCCAACCCGGGUUGCUGAUGCUGUCAAGCAUCGAGGCUUUGUUGCUUAUGAGCGGGAGAGCAAUUCAUACAGGGAUCCUAAUGCUCGGAUUAAUGACUGGAAAGAAGUUAUGGAAGAGUCAAAACCAGGAGAACUUUUGAAGACCCAAUCAGCUCGUUGCAUGGACUGUGGAACUCCCUUCUGCCAUCAGGAUAACUCAGGAUGUCCCCUUGGGAAUAAGAUACCAGAAUUCAAUGAGUUGGUAUACCAAAACAGAUGGCGUGAAGCAUUGGAUCGGCUCUUAGAGACAAAUAAUUUCCCAGAAUUUACUGGCAGAGUUUGCCCAGCACCUUGUGAAGGUUCUUGUGUUCUUGGUAUUAUUGAGAAUCCUGUAUCUAUCAAAAGCAUAGAGUGCUCCAUCAUAGACAAGGCUUUUGAGGAAGGGUGGAUGGUACCUCAACCUCCCCCUGUGAGGACUGGGAAGAGAGUUGCUAUUGUGGGUAGUGGACCUGCUGGCUUGGCUGCUGCUGACCAGUUGAACAAAAUGGGCCAUCUGGUGACGGUGUUUGAGCGUGCUGACAGAAUAGGAGGACUCAUGAUGUAUGGGGUUCCCAACAUGAAGGCUGAUAAGAUGGAAGUCGUUCAAAGGCGGGUCAAUCUUAUGGCUGAGGAAGGUGUCAAUUUUGUUGUCAAUGCAAGCGUUGGAACAGAUCCCUUGUACUCUCUGGAACAUCUUCGUGCAGAGAAUGAUGCCAUUGUUUUGGCCUUGGGAGCUACAAAGCCAAGGGAUCUUCCUGUUCCAGGACGGGAACUCACUGGAAUACAUUUUGCCAUGGAGUUUCUUCAUGCGAAUACCAAAAGCUUGCUGGAUAGUAACCUCCAGGAUAGAAACUACAUAUCUGCAAAGGGGAAAAGGGUGGUGGUCCUAGGAGGGGGAGACACUGGCACUGACUGCAUAGGGACAUCAAUCCGGCAUGGCUGCUCCAGCAUCAUAAAUCUAGAGAUUCUCCCUCAACCACCUCAGACCAGGGCUCCGGGCAACCCUUGGCCACAGUGGCCUCGCAUUUUCCGUGUCGAUUAUGGCCAUCAGGAAGCAGCUGCAAAGUUUGGGAAAGAUCCAAGGACUUUUGAGGUCAUGACGAAGCGGUUUGUAGGAGACGAUAGUGGGGCUGUGAAAGGACUUGAGGUGGUGCAAGUACGCUGGGAGAAGGAUGCCAGUGGGAAGUUUCAGUUUAAGGAAGUUGAGGGCUCUGAGGAAAUAAUCGAGUCUGAUCUCAUACUCCUAGCACUGGGUUUCCUCGGUCCUGAGUCGACAAUUGCGGACCAGCUACACUUGGAGCGAGAUAACCGUUCAAACUUGAAGUCUGAGUUUGGACAGUUCUCAACUAAUGUAGAAGGGGUCUUUGCAGCUGGAGACUGUAGACGUGGACAAUCACUGGUGGUAUGGGCAAUCUCAGAAGGCCGAAAAGCUGCAUCCCAGGUCGACAAGUAUCUGAUGAGAGAGGAAGACAUGGACCUCAGCAUAGCCACUGACAAGGGAGAUGCCAUCAAUAACAGCAGACUCACCGUGAGGACGUAGAUGACCUGCUCUCCCCCUUUCCCCUUCUUCGAAUAGAACCCAGAAGGAGAAGAAGAUAUGUUCCAAAAAAAAAGCUUCCCGGCUGUGGAGGGUGCUAAUGGCAAGAGG